UCAUAUUCUUUACUCAGACUGUCUGUCAAACAAUUGUCAACCUACAUCACAAUUAUUUAAUGAAAUAAUGCAUGUUCUAAGGCUGUUCAGGAUUAAUUGUUCCUAUAAGUCGUGUUUUACUCGUUGGAUGAGUACUCCCAAAAAUGUCGCCAUCGAGAGCUUGCCCACAAUGCAACAGCUCAAAGACAAACUGAGAAAAAGUAUGGGAAUGUCAAUAGGGUACAAAACAACCCAGGAAGAUAGGGCACACCUAAGUAAAUACUUGCCAAAAGCCCAAGAAGAUUUACCCUCCAGGGUCAUGGACGACAGCUUCAUAGCUGCCAAAAUCCCACUAGCAAGUGAUCCCGUUCUAAGCGAAAAAUACAUGGCGUUCGAUGGAUCAGUACGAAUCGGACGCCUUUUGGAAGACAUGGACAUAUUUGCCGUGAUGAUUGCCCAUAAACACCUGUACGACCCCAAGUUGCCUCAGGACGUUCAUUUCCCCCAGGUGCUCGUAACCGUGCUGGUGGACAAAAUCGAAAUUACCGACUACGUGACCAAUCACCAGCACGACAUAAAAAUUUCUGGACACGUAAGUUGGGCCGGUAAGACUUCUCUGGAAAUCGUCGUGUGGCUGGAGCAGGAAAACAAUAAUAAACUGGAACGCAUAACCAAGGCUUUGUUUGUAAUUGCCGCCAGGGACCCCACAAACACUAAGUCCACCUGGGUUAAUAAAUUGUUGGCGGGCAACGAGUAUGAAAAGCAAAUUUUGUCGGGCGGUGAGGACAGGAAAAACAAAAGGAAGCUAUUACUGGACACCAGCGUGUCGAAAAUGAUCCCCACGCCUGAAGAACAAGAAAUCAUACAUGACAUACACAAGAAAAAAUUAACCUUUGUGCCUGGCUCCCCGAUGAAACGAAGGGACAUGGAUAAAACUACGUGGAUGAGCGACAGUGUGAUCUCCACACACAUUUAUUCCUUUCCGGAAGACAGGAACUUACACAACACAGUCUUUGGGGGCUUCUUAAUGAGGCAUGCCAGCGAAAUAACGUCAGUUUUGUCUUACAAAUAUACUGGCCAGUAUCCAUCGUUGAGGAUGAUCAGUGACAUUCGUUUUAUUAAGCCCCUAACCAUCGACACUUUGCCAGCCAUACAUGCUUUUGUAGUCUAUACUCAGGAGAAUUUUUUACAUUUAAUGGUUUACAUACAGAAAUACACUCCGGAAACUAAAACUUCCGACAUUACGAACCGUUUUAAUUUUACCUACACGGUCAAGUCGCCUGUAAGUCAAGUCAUUCCCCUUACAUAUAACGAAGCUAUGAUGUAUAUCGAUGGUAGAAGACAUUUAUUGGUAGAUAUAUCACAUUUAAAGCACACAUAAAUAAUUCAGAGACCACCAAUAUUUGAAUAUUUCACAUUUUUAUUGGGCAAUAACUUACUUGCAUAUUAAUAAUAUAUAUAAUUGUUAGUUAAUAAAAUUAUUAAGAAAGUUAAAAUGUACCUUUGACAAAACUCCUCUUAAUAUCGU